UGGAAGGUUACAAAAAGAGCUUACCUAUGCAUCGGAAGUUCUCGGCGAGGCAGCCGCCUCGACGCACCAGCUCGUCAUCCAAACGCCGAGGCAUUCCGGGGCGAAUAUCCUUCAUCCGGCCGCGCUCAGGGAACAUUUGGUGGUGCUGGAGGCUGCGAUGAAUGUGGAGGUGCACCUGUUCGAUAUCACGUGGAAGCUGAAGGACUUGUGUUACGCGCCGAGCAUACCCAACUUCGACAUGCACUACAUCGACCAGAUCUUCGAAAGUAUUAUUCCUUGCGCCAUCAUCACACCACUUGAUUGUUUCUGGGAAGGUAGUAAACUUUUGGGUCCAGAGUUUCCUGUUCAUGUACCUGGUGUGAAAAGUAACAAGCGCGUCAAGUGGACGAAUCUGAAUCCUUCCACAUUGUUGGACGAGAUAAAGAGUUUGCUGGUCUCUUUUCCCUUUAAAACACUCGAGGACUAUAUGAAGAGGGCCGGGAUAACGAACGGUUAUCAGAGCAAGCCUUGUCUGAAUCCAGCGGAUCCAGAAUGCCCGGAAACCGCACCUAACAAACAAUCCCAACAGGUACCUGAUGUAGGAGUCGAAUUGUCAGGUGGUUGCUAUGGAUUCGCUGCUAAAUACAUGCACUGGCCGGAAGAGCUGGUGGUCGGCGGCGCCAAGCACAACAAGACGGGCCACUUGACUCGCGCGGCCGCGCUACAGACUGUGGUGCAGCUGAUGGGCGAACGCGAGCUGUACGAUUUCUUGGUGAACACCUACAGGGUCCAUCAUAUCGAUUGGACGCAGGAGAAGGCGGCUAAAGUUCUAGAGACCUGGCAAAGAGUAUUCAGUAAUGAAGUGAAGAAGUUGAUGGAGGUCAACGGAUCGGCACCGUACAAUCUGUACGCUUUCAGUACGACAACCAUGAAUGACAUCCUUGGGAAGUACAGCGAGGUGUCCGUCAUGAAGAUCGCAAUUGGUUGCGUGCUUAUGUUGCUGUAUGCUGGUGUAGCUCUCUUUCGUUGGAAAGAUCCAGUGCGUUCACAGUCCGGCGUAGGAAUGGCUGGCGUAAUGUUAAUUUGCGCCACAGUAGCCGCAGGAUUGGGUUUCUGCGCUCUUUUGGGGAUCCCAUUUAAUGCUACCACGACGCAAAUAGUGCCAUUUCUUGCCCUCGGUCUGGGCGUACAUGACAUGUUCCUGUUAACGCAUACGUAUGCCGAACUGUCGGUAAACGAAGUGCCCAGCAGUGAGCAAACGGGAGUCGUUCUCAAGCGAACUGGCUUGUCGGUGCUGCUGACAGGUCUGACCAACGUUAUUGCCUUCUUCGCAGCGUCGAUAAUCCCGAUCCCGGCUCUCCGAACGUUCUGCAUGCAAGCCGGUAUUGUGCUAUUGUUCAAUUUGGCCGCCAUGCUGCUGAUAUUUCCCGCGAUGGUCAGUCUAGAUCUACGACGUAGACGUUCUGGUAGGAAAGAUAUUCUCUGCUGCUGCUUACCGGCGUCACCCAAUCUCGGAAAGAAUAGGUACUCCGUAAAGACCAACGGCACGGCCAAGCAAACGGUCACCAGGGCGAUACCACCUGAGAGACGAGAAACUUGCACACAGAUCUUAACUACGCAGAAUACACAGAAUGAAUCUUGGAUAGGUGGAAAUGUUAUCGACGCGGAACUGGACAAACAGUGCACUGAAGAAGACGCGCUGACCGGCUGUUCGCAAGAUGAUUGUCUGAGCUUUUCCUUGACGCAGCUUGCAUCUCGGCAUUACGCACCCUUCAUCAGUCGAACGGCUACCAAAGUGUUUGGCGUGAUAAUUCUGGUCGCCGUGCUAGUUGGUAGCAUAUGGGAGGCGGUAUCCCUACGUGAUGGCCUGGAUUUGACUGAUUUAGUGCCGCAGAACUCGAAUGAGCAUGCAUUUCUGUCUGCCCAGGCAAAAUAUUUCGGUUUCUACAACAUGUACGCAGUCACCGGUCGAGAUUUUGAAUAUCCGAAUAAUCAACAAUUGUUGUUCGAUUAUCAUGAUAGUUUUAUGCGGAUCAAGAAUGUUAUCAAGAACGACAAUGGUGGUUUACCUGAGUUCUGGCUUAGUUUGUUCCGCGACUGGCUAAGUGGUUUACAGGCCGCGUUUGACAAGGACUAUGAAAACGGCUGCAUCACUCAGGAAAGAUGGUUCCCGAACGCGAGCGACGAAGCAAUCCUAGCAUAUAAGUUACUCGUGCAGACCGGUCAUGUGGACAAUCCGAUCGAUAAGACGUUGAUUACUUCUGUACGACUGGUUGAGGGUAAUGCCAUUAAUCCACGUGCUUUUUACAACUACUUGAGUGCAUGGGCAUCCAACGACGCGCUUGCUUACGGUGCUUCACAGGCAAAUUUGAGGCCUGAACCACGUCAAUGGAUCUACGUUAAUGACCAUGAGCUCAAGAUUCCUAAGAGCAUGCCGCUUACGUACGCGCAGAUGCCGUUUUACUUGCACAGGCUCACGAAUACGCAAGAUAUCACAGAAUUGAUCAGUAGCGUCCGGGAACUGUGCAAAAAAUUUGAAGAACGUGGUUUGCCGAAUUUUCCGUCCGGUAUAUUGUUCCUCUUCUGGGAACAGUACAUGAAUUUGAGAACCUCUAUGUGUAUCGCCCUUGUAGCUGCAUUGGGUGUAAGCAUCUUAGUGGUCGGAUUCCUAUUGUUGAAUAUAUGGGCUGCUGUGCUGGUUGGUUUCUUUCUUCUCGUUGUUAUUGCUGAAUUACUAGGCGUUAUGAGUCUGUUCAACAUCAAGUUGAGCGCAGUACCUGCCGUACUGCUAGUGGUUAGUGUGGGCAUAGCUGUUCAUUUCACGGUGCACAUUUGCCUGAGUUUUGUCACCAGUGUGGGUAGCAGAAAUCGCAGGAUGCGUUUAGCUUUGGAACAUAUGUUCGCUCCGGUUGUCCAUAGUGCAUUCACUACGCUACUCGCCGUGGUGAUGCUCGCUUUCUCGGAGUUCAAUUUCAUAGUCAAUUAUUUUUUCCUUGUAUUACUCAGUGUGAUCGGUAUCAGUCUUGUGAAUGGCAUCUUUUUCUUCCCUAUUCUAUUGUCCCUUAUCGGUCCGAAGGCGGAAGUAAUUCCGAACGAUCAUCCGGAUCGUAUAUCCACGCCGACGCCGCCGGCAUCGCCCGUCGUGAGAAGAUCCAAGCCGCCCACACCACCGAGGAGAUCUCACAAAAUCGAUAAUGCUCGACUGCAUGCUGAACCAUCGCUCACAACCAUCAGUGAAGAACCCAACUCGUGGCACAGCACGCAGGAAUCCUGUAUUAUUGUUCAACCGGAACUCAAGGUGGAGACCACGUCCACAUGUGGUAAUCAGAACUGUAGCGGAUCGGAUACGAGUGGGUCUAGUCGAACGUCGCCGAUUCCGCCCACAUCACACAUCACCACUAAGGUCACCGCAACGGCGAACAUUAAGGUCGAAGUUCAUACACCGUUAACUAGUGGAAUGGAUCGUAGUGAAAAAUGCCGGCACUCGGGCAGCAAUAGUCGAAGGAGCUCGCGCUGCAAUACGAACGUUAAUGCUGGGGAGUCUUCCGGUUCCGAGCCAGAUUCAGACUCUAACGCAAAACAUUAAUAACAACCGGGGGGACCGGCAGCUACUGCUCAAGUACCACGCAAAGCGGGAAAACACAGAAGGCUGA